GGCGAGAGGAUCAGUUUGUAAAUAACAGAAGUUAGAGUCCCUUAUUAUUAUUCUAGAAAGUUUGGUUGUUAGUUAGUUAGUUAGUUAGUGGAGUUGUAUAUAACAACCUGUACGUCACUAUUUGCUAAUGUAACAGUGGAAUUUCCCAAAUUGCUUUUCUGCUUCACUCUUCUUCUCCAUUUCCAUGGCUGAUUCUAAGAGAGGAGAUCGAGACCGACUCAGUAAUUUGCCCGACGAAAUUCUAAUCCACAUCCUCUCUAUGUUGCCGAAAAGUAAAGCAGUUGUGAGAACGAGUGUAUUAUCUAAACGAUGGCAGUUUAUGUGGAAAUCAGUUCCAGUAUCACUCUAUUUUGUCCUCCCUGGGCAUGACGAAAAGAAGGCUACUGAUUUCGUGGUUUCUACCCAUAGGGAGCUUCAUUAUUGGAGGUAUUGCCGGAAAAUCCGAAAACUCGAGGUCAUUUUCAGUUUCGGCAUUGAGGAUUUUGCUAAAGAUGUUGAUUUUUGGGUACAUUUUGCGACUAAAAUUGCUAAUGUUGAAGAUUUUAAACUUGAAUAUUGCUUAGGAUAUGAAUUGCCUCAAAUUGCAUAUAAGAAUACCUCUUUGAAGAAAUUGGGUAUACAAUACUGCACAUUGAACCCUAGUGGUAGUGUGAACUGGAGUAGUCUACUUUCUCUUUCAUUUGGGAAUGUGGAAUUGAAGGACGAUGCCAUGGAAAAAGUAUUAUUAGGUUGCCCUGACUUGGAGUGCUUGGAAUUGGAUGAUGUUGAGGGCAUUCAUCCUUUGGAAAUCAGCAAUUUGAAGCUGAGAAAGUUAAUCAUAAAAAACUGCGAAAAUGAGGAAAGUGUCCCUUGGCUCGAAAUAUUAGCCCCAAAUGUUCAAAAUUUGCAACUUCUGGGGGUGUGCGGUGAGAUACGCUUGCGGCAGAGCAAUGUGGAUUCACUUGUCACUGCAGUCCUUGAUUUAAAGAUCGAAUUUGGAGAAGGAGUCAUACCGGAGGAGAAGGCAUAUAGCUGUUUGAAGAAACUUCUUCACAGCGUUGCUCAUGUCGAGAAUCUUGAAUUAGGUCCCUGGUGCAUCGAGUGCCUGUCCAUACUGGAGUUGAAAGGGUGGAAGUCUCCACCAUCAAGCCGGAAAUUCUUAAAACUUGAUGCAGCCUUAGAACAGUUGGACUUACCUGGAGUUUGCAGCUUUCUACAGAGUUCAUUGGAUCUUGAGACAUUGGUCAUUGACUGGUACAAUCAGAAAGGAAGAUAUCAUCUGUUGAAGUACCCAAAUGAGGAUGAACUAAAUAGGAGGUUUGAGACGCAUAAUUUUAACUCCUCAUUGCUACAUCUGAAGACCAUCAAGAUCAACUUUUAUGGACCACUAAGUGAAAAUAGGUCUGUACAGCCAUUGGUGAAAUAUUUGCUCAAGCAUGCAAUCGUGCUAGAAAAGUUCGUCAUUGCUGCCAGAUACAGAGGGAGUGAAGUGUCUCGGGAUUAUGUUAAUAUGGAACAGGAGUUCCUAAGCUUUCCAAGAUCCUCUCCACAUGCUUCAAUUGUCUUUUCGUACUGAUUUGGCCCCUAUUGUAUGAAUCAAUUGCAACAUACUUAACAACUGUUAGUUUUGUUUUCAACUGGUUUUGUAACUGAUAGACAAGGUUAGUAUUGACUUGUCAGUGUCCUAGGAGUUGGCAUAGUUCUUCAUGUCUGAGUGACAAUGUGUUUAUUCUCUGUUCAUCAUGUAAGAAAGUUUGCUCUAAA